CGUCUGACACCGCUCGUUUUUUUCACCUCGCUCAGUUAGAUGUUUUAUUUGCGCAGUUUCUAAUGUUUUGAACGCAUCUGUGAAGUACUGUAACUUCGUCCGUUGCGUUAAUUAUCCACGCUGCGCCUUAAUUAAAGUGACGAUUUAUUUGAGCAAAAGCUAUUACAACAGUUACGUUCGUCGGGAUUCAAACCUGUUUAUUCCGAGCUGGAGAUGACUUCUGGAGGUUUGGGGCUCACCGAGGGCCUGGGCCAAGACAUAAACCAAGAGGAGUUAGACUUUUCGGACCUUUUUCUGUAUAAUCAACCGGAUUUUUCUGUUGGCUGUGAUAAAGUGACAGAUGACACUGGUGGUCUCCUUGACAAUGACAGUCAGCCUCCUCUACUGGUGGUCCAGCCUCAAGAUGCAUACAUCUCCACCUCUAACCCACCAACUUCUAACCAGGACACCUCCUCUCACAGCACCAACGCAGGAAACCUAUCAGGAGCUGUGUUUGACACCAUGGGGCUGACAUCACGAGUCGGUAUCCCUGCUCCCAGCCCCAGGAUUGAGAUCACUCCAUCUGGUGACUCUCUCAGUUCACAAACCCUAGAGCCAAGUCCUGCAUCUAAAGCCCGGGGAUCCUACAGAGAGUGCGUUAGCCCUGCCAGCAGUAAUUCUUCCACUGGCUGGGGAGCAGAUACUUACUCUCCCUUGGCAUCUCCAUGUGUGUCGCCAUCUAAUGUAGGGAGCUGUGGUAUGGGCUUGAAUCCCUUGGACCUCUGCUCAAGCCUGCAGGGCAUCCAUACAUCCUCUAACCACUCCUCUCCAGGAGCCUCACCUCGAAACAGCAUCACGGAUGAGACCUAUCUCCAACCACAGAAUCGUUCUGCUUCACCACUCCCCCAUCAGCGUUCCCGGUCUGUCUCGCCGCAGCGAGGCAAACGCUUCUACGGUCAGACCCACUCUAGUCAGGAGGGCACUCCUGUUAAGCAGCGCUCCCGGAGUCCUAGCCCCAUCCCAUCACCCCACGAUCAGCAGGGGUCCUACUACUUGCACCAAUACCAGGCUCAAGCUGAGUUUCACCCUCAAGUUCAGACCGCAACCUCUGGCCUGGACGAGAUUCUGAAUAGCAGUCCAGGAAGGGCCAAAAUACAGGACUGUGUAUAUGGCGAGGGUUACGACUGGGCUAUUGAGCAAGAAAAGAUGAGUAGGGGUGGAGCUGAGAUCAAACCUGAGACCUUCUACAUGCUCCCAACUGUGUGGCCUCCUUCUCAUUCACUCCAUCAUAGUGGACGAUCCACAUUCAGUGGUCUCACCUUGGCUCCACUUCCAUCUUUAGAGUGGUCAUUUCCCAAUCAGACGGGCCAGUAUGAGCUACUGAUCCAACAACAGCCCAGAUCGCAUCACAGAGCUCACUAUGAGACUGAGGGCAGCCGAGGAGCUGUCAAGACACCAAAUGGAGGGCACCCGGAGGUUCAGCUCCGUGGCUACCAAGGCACAUCCGCACUGGCGCUGCAGAUCUUCAUUGGAACAGCCGAUGAGAGGCUCCUGAAACCCCACGCCUUCUACCAGGUCCACCGCAUCACCGGGAAGACCGUCACCACACCCAGCAUGGAGAGGAUGAUCAACGGCACUAAAGUGUUGGAGAUCCCUCUGGAGCCAAAGAGCCACAUGAGAGUUGUGAUUGACUGCGUUGGAAUCUUGAAGCUGAGAAAUGCUGACAUUGAACUAAGAAAUGGAGAGACUGAUAUUGGACGAAAAAACACACGCGUGCGCUUGGUCUUUCGUGUCCACAUUCCUCAAUCUGGAGGCCACCUCAUGUCUCUUCAAGUGGCCUCUCAUCCUAUUGAAUGCUCUCAGCGUUCAGCUCAGGAGCUCCCUGCAGUCGAGAGGCAGGACCUGGACCAAUGCUCUGUACUCGGUGGUCAACAAAUGGUCCUUACUGGACAGAAUUUUACAUCUGACUCAAAGGUGAUAUUCUCGGAGAAAACACAAGAUGGACAGCAGAUCUGGGAAGUGGAGGCCACUGUGGACAGAGAUAAAACUCAAGCUAACAUGCUGUUUGUUGAAGUCCCUCCAUAUCGAGACCGGAGCAUUUGCCAGCCGGCCAAAGUCAACUUCUGCGUCAUCAAUGGGAAAAAGAAACGCAGUCAGCCUCAGCACUUCGUCUACACUCCUAUGAUAGCCAUUAAAGCAGAACCACUGGAUGACUACCAGCUGAAUUCUUAUGGCUAUUCAAAUAAUCAGUCUCUCUCUGGCAUGUCAAUGAGGUCUCUGUACCAUCCCCUGGAGCAAGACAACAACCUUCAAGCCUUGAAUGUUUCCUCAGCACUUUACCAUCUAACCACUGUAGACCCCCGAGCCCACAUGUUAACCCCAGAUCAACUGGAUGAUCAACCAGUCUAUUACCAGUCAAGACCUGGCACUCUGGUCAACAACCCAGUGCUGUACCACACUGGGAAUCAGCGUUACAGCAACUGCAGUAGCGCUUUACUAGGUGGUUCCCCAAUGGCUCCGCAUCCAGCCUCUGCUCCCAGCCAGUGUGUCAGUGCCAGAACCCCUUUGCCCAAAUUGGGUGAAGGUCCUCAGGUUGGUGAUUCGUUUGACCCUUAUUCAAUGUCAAGUAAUCAUGGUUACAUGCAGACAGCACUACCACUAGGAAAGUCGCCACCUCUGAGAUACAUUCAAAGUCAAGUCCAGGCAAAGGUUGGAAGUCGGGUGGACCCAGGUGGGCAGCCUCUGGCCCAGAUCGCCCCUGCUAGAGGAAACCAUGAGGAACGAGCUCCAGAGAAAAUCAUGAUCAAACAAGAGAACCUCAGUUAUGCCUAUCUGGAGGAUGUGAAUGACAUCAUAAGAAGAGACAUGAGAGGCCACAAUGGAGAGUGAUCAUGCUGAUCUGAAGCCACUCAAAGUUUAAGCAUAAUCUGUAGACAUCAAGAACAAGAACAAUAAAUCUUCAGUAACUGUAAUUUAAGCGAAACGAUAGAGACUGAUCCGUUAUAUACCAUAUUUCUGUACAACUUUGAAGGGUCAGCUCCAUUUCCAUUUUGUUAUCAUAUAUUUCAGCCUUAGUAACAAUACUGGAUCAUAUAUUCAUUAUACUCUUUUAUUUUAACUUGUUUAACUUCUUUCUGUUUAUACAGUUGUAAAAUUGCUCGUUGUAAGCUUGUAGAAAAUUUUUUAUAUUAAACAAAUUCUUUGUAUAUGAA